CCUGGGGAGGGCAGGGGGUGCCCGGGCUGAGAGCUCCAUGCCGCAGGGGGACACCGUCUACGCCACGGUGACACCGGAGCUGGAGGAGGCGGAGCUGGAGAAGAACGUGCAGCCCAUGGUGCUGGAGUACUUUGAGCACGGGGACACCAGCGAGGUCAUGGCGCUGCUGCAGGGGCUGAACCUGGGCGAGCGGCGGGGCGCGGUGCCCGCGCUGGCCGUGGUGCUGGCGCUGGAGGGCAAGGCCAGCCACCGGGAACUGACAUCACGUCUGCUGGCCGACCUGGUGGGCCGCGUGCUGACCCCCGACGACCUCGCCGCCGCCUUCGACCGCAUGCUGCGCGACCUGCCCGACCUCAUCCUGGACACCCCUGAAGCCCCGCAGAUGCUGGGCCAGUUCAUCGCACGGGCCGUGGCCGACCAUGCGCUGCCCCUCGACUUCCUGGAGCGCUACAAGGGCCGCGUGGACUGCGAGCACGCCCGGGCGGCCCUGGACCGCGCGGCCGUGCUGCUGCGCAUCAAGCGGGACGUGAACCACCUGGACAACGUGUGGGGCGUGGGCGGGGGCCAGCGCCCCGUCAAGCACCUCAUCAAGGAGAUGAGCCUGCUGCUGCGCGAGUACCUGCUGUCCGGGGAGGUGUCGGAGGCCGAGCGCUGCCUGCGCCAGCUCGAGGUGCCCCACUUCCACCACGAGCUCGUCUACGAGGCUGUGGUGCUGGUGCUGGAGUCCACCGGGGAGACGCCCGUGGCCAUGAUGGUUCGGUUGCUCAAGGUGCUGUGGGAGACGGGGCUGGUGACGCUGGACCAGAUGAACCGGGGCUUCCAGCGGGUGUACGAGGAGCUGGGCGACAUCAGCCUGGACGUGCCGCUGGCCCACGGCCUCCUGGAGAAGCUGGUGGAUCUCUGCUUCGAGGAGGGCGUCAUCACCAAGCAGCUGCGCGACGCCUGCCCGGCCCGGUACAUGGCGGGUCUGCAGGGAGGGGGGCGCAGUGGGCGG